CAUAAUAUUAUCUAAAAAAUGGCCAGAGGGAACCAAAGAGAGAUUGACAGAGAAAGAGCAAUGAAGAGAAAAGAUAAGAAGAAGAUCAAAACAACAAAGAGCGGCUUCGAGAAAAGAAAAGAAGAUGAUGCCGAAAGAAUGAGAGAAAAGCAAAGACUCGCAGAAGAAAGAAAACUUAAAGAGGCUGAAGAAGAGAAAAAGGAAUUAGCCAGCGAACCAGUUAAGCCCAAGAAAGAUAAGAAAAAGGCUAAAGCUAAGGUCCCUAACUUCUUACUUGGCUUCACUGGUGGUCAUGAUGAACUCAAAGCCAAGAAGAAGGCAAAGAAGGAGCUUCAGAAGAAGAAGGGGAAAUAACUAAUUUGUCUUCUAAUUCUCUU